AUGGGUCCAGACAGCAGAACAGGCCCUGGUGCGGUGCAGAUGGCCCCAGCCAGCAGUACAGGCCCUGGGGUGGUGCCUAUGGGUCCAGCUGGCAGCACAGGCCCUGGUAAGGCUCAGUUGGUUUAUGCUAGCAGCACAGGCCCUGGUGUGGUGCCUAUGGGUCCAGCUAGGCCCUGGUGCGGUGCAGAUGGCCUCAGCCAGCAGCACAGGUCCUGGGAUGGUGCCGAUGGAUCCAGCUGGCAGCACAGGCCCCAGUGCAGUGAGAUGGCCUCAGAAAACAGCACAGGCCCUGCCUCUGCUCUCAGGAUUGUGCUGUUGGGAGAAAAAGAGGAUUUGAAGAGGACACUGAGCAGCUUCAUCACAGGAAAAGUUCAGAAACCUCCACGAGCUGAUCACUGUGUGGCCAUCUCUGGAGUGUGGGAGGGAAACAGUUUAACAGUCAUUCAAACUCCAAACAUCUUCAGUCUGUCUGAGGAGACGGUGAGAGAGGAGAUGAAGACCUGUGUGAGUCUUUGUCCUCCUGGACCACAUGUUCUGCUGCUGAUAGUGGAGCCUUCAGUCACUGAGGAGAAGAAACGAAGGCUGAACUUCAUCCUGGGUUUGUUUGGUGAAGAUGCCUUUAAACACGCAAUGCUCAUCACUGCACAGGAGGGGGUGAAGGCAAACUUCACUGUAAAUCAGCUGCUUAAGAAGUGUGAAGGAAAACACUAUGGCAUGUAUAAAAAUGACCUCAAGCUCUUAAUGAAUAAGAUUGAGGCUAUCAUGCAUGAAAAUAGAAGGAAUUUCCUCAGAUUAACUGAAAAGACCACAGAACCAAAGUCUGAAGCCGUCAAGCAGACUUUAAACCUGGUUCUGUGUGGGAGGAGAGGAGCAGGGAAGACGUCAGCAGCCAAGGCCAUUUUAGGUCAGACUGAGCUUCAUUCAGCCUCCAACUCAUCAGAGUGUGUUAAACAUCAGGGAGAGGUGUGUGGACGUUGGGUUUCCCUGGUGGAGCUGCCUGCCUUGUAUGGAAAACCUCAGGAGGCAGUGAUGGAGGAAUCACUCAGGUGUAUCUCCCUCUGUGAUCCUGAGGGUGUCCAUGCCUUCAUCCUGGUCCUACCUGUGGCUCCCCUCACUGAUGAAGACAAGGGAGAGUUAGAGACCAUCCAGAACACAUUCAGCUCUCGAGUCAAUGACUUCACCAUGAUUCUGUUCACUGUGGACUCAGAUCCUACAGAUCCAGCUGUUGGUAACUUUGUAAAGCAAAACAAGAACAUCCAGGAGCUCUGUAAUGAAGAGAAGCAGAGCUCAGAGCCUCUCAGAAUUGUCUUGCUAGGUAAGACUGGCAGUGGAAAGAGCUCUUCUGGAAACACCAUUCUAGAACAAAAAACGUUCAAAGCUGAGAAUAACCCCAGAUCUGUCACCAAACAUUGUCAGAAAGAAAACGGUGAAGUGGACGGUCGUCCUGUUGUUGUGGUCGACACUCCUGGACUGUUUGAUAACAGUUUGUCACAUGAAGAGAUCAAUGAGGAGAUGCUGAAAUGUGUCAGCCUUCUGGCUCCAGGACCACACGUCUUCCUGCUGGUGUUAAAGACUGAGAGAAUCACACCAGAACAGAAGGAAGCAUUAAAACUUAUCAAGGAAGGCUUUGGGAAGAAUUCAGAAAAAUUCACCAUCAUUCUUUUCACAAGAGGAGAUUCACUGGAACAUGAGGGGAAGUCCAUUCAUGAUUACAUUGCAAAAUCUGAGGAUUCCUUUAAGAAGCUGAUUGAUGAUUGUGGGCAGAGAUACCAGGUGUUUAAUAACUUAGAUGAACAAAACCAGAAACAAGUCACUGAGCUGAUAACAAAGAUCGAUGACAUGGUCAAAAGAAAUGGUGGAAGUUGCUUCACCAAUAAGAUGCUGCAAGAAGCUGAAGCUGCAAUCCAGAAAAAAACAGAGAUGAUUCUGAAAGAGAAGGAGGAAGAAAUAAAAAGAGAGAUGGAAGACCUUAAAAGACAACAUGAGGAGGAAAUGCAAGAAAUGAAGAAC